CGGAGCAGGCACGGGGGCAGGGGCAGGGGCAGGCAGCCGCGGGCCAUGAAGGAACAGUCAUCCGCUCGGCCGCGGGGCUUGCGCUUGCGCUUGGGCUUGUGCUGGUGCUUGUCGUCAUAGUCCCCCGAAGGCUGUUCUGGGCCUCGGCACGACGAGCCAUAGAUCGCUCGAUCGAGCACGGGCAUAAUGCUUGGAUUUGUUUGCCUGCAGGCGUGGAGCGAGCGAGCGGGGACGGAAGGGCAGCAGCUGAUGCAUGCUUUUGUGGGUGGUGGUGGUUGUUUGGACGACGGUCGGUACGAGGAAUAAUUUGCAAGUUUGAAGUGAAGUGAUUAUCGAGCAGGCGGGGGCGGGAGCAGGAGCAGGGCAAGCAGCCGAUCGAUUGUUGGGGCUGCGGUACAUUGUGGAGGUGGCGAGCGGAGAAGGAGUGGAAUUGGAAGGAGCGGCGUCAUCGAGUGGGCGAGGGGUGAAGAAUAAGCCCAGUUUACAGAUCGUAAGCUGUAACAUGGCGUCAGGUGGUGCUGCAAAAGUCGGAUCUUCCUGCCGCGCUUUAGCAGAAGAUCUCGCGCCCUUCUCAGGAGAUUGUAGUAUUCUCUGAGCUGGCGACGUCAGCGUUCGAUCCGACGGAGUAAUCAGCUUGGUUCACCCUCUUCGAUGAGGGACAUCCCGCUCAAUGUCACAUCACGCGGAGAGGUUCUCUCGAGCUUAAGCACAUGUGAAGUUGAGUUUUGUGCUCGAGGUCCCGGAGGCUCUCGUUUGCGCGAACUUUUGUCGGAAGGCCAGCAGACUUUCUGCAAUCAGGAAGCCUAGAGCUUGGUCGAAGUUUGCCACACAUCUCGGACGCGAGCUGGAGGCGAGUUUUUGGUGCAGCGGUGCAUAGUUGUAUAGAUUAGGGAGAUGGAGCUGCAACAACGCAGGGAUUAGAUUCCGAAGGAUCUCUUGCACAGUGAUGAUCUGAGGAGGCGCUCAUUUCAGCUAUGAGAUACGGUGGAUCAUGCCCCAGAAGUGAUUUUGAUCGUCUGCCAGAAGGAGAAAGAAUAUCACGACAGUGCACGCAGAACUAUGGAUGAGUUUGAUCAGUGGAUCAACUCUCAUGAGACACUGGAUGGAAUGUCAGCUACAACUGCAGCGGACCUUGAACGCGAGAUUCGUCGUGAGGGGGAGGAGAUUAGGAGAAUGACGCAAGUCAUGAAAGAGAUCAGCGAGCGGAAAGAGAGGGCCACUAGGAAGACGAAGGUCCUGCAAGCGUUAGCAUGGGGAGCAGGGGAGGAGGUGAAAAUGGUGACCGAACGCCUUCAUCAGGUUAAACAGGAGAAGCAGCGUUUGGAGGAAGACAACAUUCUCAAGGAUCAAUGCAUUCGUUCUCUCGUGGAUGAGCGAAAGCAAUUUUUGUCUAAGAUUAGUGAGCUGUCCGAGGAUCUCAACACGCUUAGGCGCUCGGAUCAGGACCGGAGUCAACUUCUGAAUGAAAAGAAGGAACUCCUGUCGAAAAUCAACGUGCUCACGGAUGAAAAUAGUUCACUGCAGCGGUCGGAUCAGGUGCACAAUCAGGUCGUUCACGACAGGGAUGAACUUCUGUCGAAAAAUUCUGUGCUUUCUGAAAGGAUCAAAGCUCUUGAGCGGACGGAACAGGAGCGAGCCGUGCUGGUCAGCGAAAGGGAGGAACUUCUGUCGAAAUUGAGUUCACUUUCUGAAGAGGUCAGUACGUUGAAGCAGUCGGAUGCCCAGCAACUAGGACAGCUGCUGGACGAAAACAAGGCACUUGUGUCUACAGUCAGUCAGCUCACUGAGAAUCUCAAAGCAUUGGAGCAGUUGAAACAAGGGCAGGAGACCCAUGUCGAGGAGAAGAAGGGAUUGCAAUCAACCAUCAAUGUACUUACUGCAGAGAUCGAAGCAUUGAAGCGUUUAGAUCAGGAGCGUGCACAGCUUUUGAAGGACAAGGAUGAAUUUGUAGCGAGGAUUGAUGUGCUGACUGAAGAGUCCAGGGCUUUCAGGCAGCUGGAACACGAGCGAGUACAGCUCAUCAACGAAAGGGAGGAAUAUCUGUCUACGAUUAACGUGCUCACGGAGGAUAUAAAUUCACUCCGGAGGUUGGAUCAGGAACGAGUGCUGCUAGCCAAAGAGAAACAGGAACUCCUGAACACGGUCAAUGUGUUGAACGACGAGAUCGGUUCUCUCAGGCUGCUGGAUCAUGAGCGCGUACAGCUUGUCAACGAGAAAGAGAAGCUUUUGGGGGAUAUCAGUGUUCUUACCGAGGACAUUAACACAGUUAUGCGGCUGAAUUCGGAGGGAGAUCAGGAGCGGAAGAACCUUGCUGCAGAAAGGGAGGAGCUUCUGACCAGAGUUAGUAACCUCACCGAAGAGAUCAGUACAUUCAAGCGACUUAUCGAAGAGCGAGCACAGCUGUACGAGUUGCAGCGAGAAGAGUUAGAGCUGGAAAUGAAACAAAGGGUAGUGGGUAUGGAGCUUCAGCUCAAAGAUGCGGAUAAGAAGAUUCGUGCAUUAGAAUCCAGCUCGAAGGCUACUGCUAGACUAUAUCAACAAAAGCAGGAGUCAUUCAAGGUCUGCUUACAGAAAUUUAUGGCCGAGCUUCGUGAUCUUCGAGCAGAAUCGGAUAGUAGUAAGCAUUUGGUUCUAGGAUUCCACGAUGACUGGCAGAGAUGGAUUGACGACGUCGGUGUGGGAAUCCAAGAAUCUACGAAAGCAGCCACCGGAGGAUAUCAAAAGCUACUCAUAGAGAACCGUAAGCUCUACAACGAAGUCCAAGAUUUGAGGGGUAACAUUCGAGUUUUUUGUCGAGUCAAGCCCAUGGAGGGUGCACACGCGGGAACGCCAAGUGUAGUUGACUACGUGGGCGAAAAUGGGGAUAUAAUGGUUGUGAAUCCCAAUAAGCAAGGUAGAGAUUCCCAUCGUAUCUUUAAGUUCAACAAAGUCUUCGGCCUGAGUGCAUCUCAAGAACAAAUCUACAGAGAUACCCAACCAUUGAUCCGCUCUGUUCUUGAUGGCUACAAUGUGUGCAUUUUCGCCUACGGUCAGACAGGUUCCGGCAAAACUUACACCAUGAGCGGUCCUAGAAGUAGUACCGAGGAGCUCGACUUUGGUGUGAAUUACCGGGCACUGCAUGACCUGUUCAAAAUAUCCGAGAACAGGAGGGAUACAUUCCAGUACGAGAUUGGAGUGCAAAUGAUAGAGAUUUAUAACGAGCAAGUCCGUGACUUGCUCUCGUCCACUGCUACGGGACAGAACAAGCGACUUGACAUCAGGAAAAAUUCCCAGCAACUUGGAUUCAACGUUCCAGAUGCUUGCUUGAUGUCUGUGCGGUCGAAGGAGGACGUGUUAGAGCUCAUGGCCAUAGGUGAGCAGAAUCGUGCAGUAGGUGCGACUGCUCUGAACGACCGAAGCAGUCGAUCUCACAGUGUUGUGACUGUCCAUGUGCACGCUGUGGACCUCAACUCUGGUUCCCGACUUCGAGGCUGUCUUCAUCUGGUCGAUCUUGCAGGAAGUGAGCGUAUCGACAAGUCUGAAGUUACCGGAGACAGGCUGAAGGAGGCGCAGCACAUCAACAAGUCACUGUCGGCUCUAGGGGAUGUGAUUGCGGCUCUUGCGCAAAGAUCGACACAUGUACCUUACCGGAACAGCAAACUGACUCAGCUGCUUCAAGACUCUUUAGGUGGGCACGCCAAGGCACUCAUGGUCGUCCACAUCAACCCGGAUGUCGACUCAUUUGGAGAAACACUGAGCACCCUGAAGUUUGCAGAGAGGGUUGCAGCUGUGGAGUUGGGUCUGGCUCGUAGCAACAAGGAACCUGGGGAAUUGCGGGAGCUCAAGGAGCAGGUAUCUGUGAUGAAGGACAUCAUAGCCCAGAAGGAUGCGGAAAUGCACCGACUCAGAGACCUACGAAUUUCCACUAUCAGUGGGGACAGGGUCAAAGGAAAAGGCACAACAGCGCUGAUUCCUCAUAAGCUUAUCAAGGAGAGUUCCCUUGCGAGGAGGGCCAAGUAUUCCGCCUCUGGCUCCCCCCGUUUCUUGGUCGGGCAGAAUCAUCAUCAUUUGGAAGAACCCAAGUCACCUCUCGGUAAUGCGAUAAGUAGAGAUCACCUCCACCACUCGUCUCACCUCGGUGGAUCAGAGAACCACCAUCCACAAUUGACCAUGGGGCAGCAGCAAAAGUCCUCAGUUGUGGAUCAUCCUGAGUCACAACUGCCUCGCUAUACAGGAAAAUCCUGGCUGCACAGGGAGUCUCUAUAACGGCAACAAUAGCUCUAGAAAUAGCACCAUCUACACAUGUGAUGAAAUGUUAAUUGUAUGUGCGUACGGUGAGAAGGUUGGUUGCCAGCAUCGGUUUUCUUGAUCACAGUGGUUGCUGUCCAUAGAAUCUUUCUCAGCUCAAUGCGGUGACAGAGACCGGAGAUUUAUGGUUCUCGGCAGCUAGACGAAGAUAUGCAACAAGAGCAUACCAACAUCUCAGGGAAAUCGGAGUUCACAACCAGUUCAAAUAUUUGCUGAAAUUCAGUUGUACCUUGCGUUUAGAGUACGUUUGAAUGCUUAAGUAGGAUAGUGAAUAUCACUCCACAACCCAAGUAGAAACUAGGUAAUAUUAGGCCAUGUAGUUUUAGGUGAGGUGGAUGAUGAGCAUCAUUCCCUGUGUUUGCCUGCUCCCUACAUCACACCUUCAUCCAGCUUGCCGUGACUGUCGAAGCAUGGUUCCUUUUUGUACAUCAUGAACUGGAGCGUGGGGAUCAGCAACGUGUCGGUGUCGCUCAAGGCUGAUGAAAUUCAUCAGCAGAAGAGCUCUGCGACUCUUCUAGCGCUUUAGACAGGUGACCGUCUUCGGUCCUUCAACUCAACAUCUGUACAGUGUUUGUCACAUGGCCCUUCUGGAUCACGUGGUCAUAAAAAUAUCCACCCAUUCAUUGUAGUGAUCAAACCUUUCU